AUGCCGUACAACACAAACUACACUGAACUGGACGCGCAACUCAAGAACGAGACAGAUGCUCGGCGUGGGUGCCGUCACUACAGCAGAGGAUGCAGGCUGAGAGCCCCAUGCUGCAACGAGCUGUUCUGGUGUCGACAUUGUCACAAUGAAGUCAAAGAUGCAGGUUGCAAAGACCCUCUGAAGGCCCAUCAGUUGGAUCGUUUCUCGGUCAAGUUCGUUCGCUGUAGCCGCUGUGAUCUUGAACAGACGACCAAACAAUUCUGUGAGGGGUGCGGGCUCUGCUUUGGAGCAUAUUACUGUGAUGUCUGUAAGGAGAAUUUCUUUCAUUGCCUGAAUUGCGGAUGCUGCUACGCUAUGCAGCUCCGAGACAAUCAUCGGUGCAUAGCAGGAGCGAUGAGACACAACUGCCCUGUCUGUCUGGAGGAUCUGUUUCACAGCACAUCGCAAGUGCGCGUCCUACGAUGUGGCCACACUCUGCACAAGAAAUGUCUGGAGAAGCUCUUGACGAGCAAGACCAUCAUACACACUUGCCCGCUGUGCAGCAAGACGCUAAUCGAUCAUACGUUUCAUUGGAGGCAGAUGGAUUUGGCUCUCGCUCAAACUCCCAUGCCGGAGGAGUUUGCAAACAAGAGCGUCGGCGUGCUUUGCAACGACUGUCAGACGAAGGGGACGACGACGUUUCACGUGCUCGGGUUGAAAUGUCCCAAUCCUCAGUGCGGAGGAUACAACACCAGGAGGAUUGACAAGAGGCAAGGGGGGGGGAUCCCCCAGGCAGCAUGGGAGAGAGGAGGGGGAGGAUGA